CUUUGUAGGGUGAGAAUGCGGUGAUUGCCCUUUUUGGGGUGGCGAAAUGCAAGCAGCCAUCUGUUAUCUUCGUCGAAAAUAUUGACUGUAUUUUAUCAGCGGUAUUGUCUUUCUUGUCGCGUAGGUUCAAGUACUAGACCGGAAGUGCUUUCCCAAGAAGUGUUAAACGUGUUUCGGAAUAGGUUAUAUCUACCCUUGCCCUCGUUCAAAGCUAGGUGGUCCAUUAUCGAGGGAUUUUUGGAGAGAGAAGGACUGUUUCGCCUGUCAUGGUCUGACUUGCAUGAUAUUUGCCACAUGACUGCAGGUUACUCUGCUACGGAAUUAGAGGCGGUAGUCAAGCAUGCGGUAUCUCUCGGUCCAUUUUUUAUUAUCUUGAUACAUUUUUUUUAUUUUUUAUGGCAGAGUGGUGCAAUGAAAGUGAGAUGUGUUGACAUCCUUCGUGAUAUCAAGGGGAAUCAUCCUGGCAUGUUGAAGAAUGUGGACCCAUUUUUUAUUCUGUUUAUUUGUUACCGCAUGAACAAGUAUCCCGUUGCGAGAUGGCAUGAGAUAGUGGAUCUUCGUGGACAGAAAGAUGCCGUGGGGCGUAUGUCCCUGUGGCAUCUUUUGCAACCAACACUCUUUUUUGUUUCUCCAAGUUGCUGGUGCCCCCAGGCAAAUUUGUUGCUGUUUGGUCCGGAGGGAUUCGGUAAAAUGUUGUUCGCCCAAGGAAUUGCGGGGGAAGCGAAAGCCACGUUUUUCCAUUAUAAUGCUGCUUUGUCGGAUACUGAAAAUGGUGAGAAUGCGGUGAUUGCCCUUUUUGGGGUGGCGAAAUGCAAGCAGCCAUCUGUUAUCUUCGUCGAAAAUAUUGACUGUAUUUUAUCAGCGGUAUUGUCUUUCUUGUCGCGUAGGUUCAAGUACUAGACCGGAAGUGCUUUCCCAAGAAGUGUUAAACGUGUUUCGGAAUAGGUUAUAUCUACCCUUGCCCUCGUUCAAAGCUAGGUGGUCCAUUAUCGAGGGAUUUUUGGAGAGAGAAGGACUGUUUCGCCUGUCAUGGUCUGACUUGCAUGAUAUUUGCCACAUGACUGCAGGUUACUCUGCUACGGAAUUAGAGGCGGUAGUCAAGCAUGCGGUA